UCGGGUUUCGUCAGGGGUGACGAGGGGAUACGCGGCUCAAGGGAUAGAUAAGUGAAGAAACAACUUUCCAAGCUCCAAUUACACCGUUAAUCGAGGAUAAAUAAGAAUGGCGAGUGAGAAAGUAAAGGUUGCUGGAGAAAUCCUUACCCCUCUUCGUUGUAAACACACCUCAACAGCAUGAUUACUUACUGUAUGUGUUGUUUUGUAAGCGGAAAGGGGAACGAAUUCACUUUUUCUGAAGUUUUGCUGUGAAGCAUGGAGCCAGAGUUCGGAGAGAGCGGAGGGGUGAAAAGUUCCAAACUUAAGAAACGGAAGAAAAAGCAAAACAAAAGAGAGAGUAAAAGCAGGACGGUGCACUCGAAUCUGCUGUACAGCGGUGCCAAGGGAGACGAGAACCCCAACAGACACUAUGCACUCAAUCACAUUAAAACCACCAAAUACACCGUGCUGUCUUUUCUACCCAAGAACCUGUUCGAGCAGUUCCACAGAUUCGCCAACGUCUAUUUCGUUUUUAUCGCUUUGCUCAACUUUGUGCCCAUUGUCAAUGCAUUUCAGCCGGAGCUGGCGCUAGCUCCCGUGGUUUUUAUUCUGUCUGUUACCGCUCUCAAGGAUCUUUGGGAGGAUUACAGAAGACACCGAUCGGAUAAAGAAAUUAAUCACAUGGAUUGUCUCGUUUACUGCAGGAAUGAAAGGAAGUACGUGGAGAAGUACUGGAAGGAAAUCCAGGUUGGGGAUUUCAUUCGUCUUCGAUGCAAUGAGAUCAUUCCUGCAGACGUGCUUCUCCUGUCCUCCAGCGACCCUGACGGUCUGUGUCACAUUGAAACAGCAACACUGGACGGGGAGACCAGUCUCAAACAGAGGCAGGUGGUGAGGAGCUUCUCAGAGCUGGACUGUGAGUUUGACCCCACACAGUAUAAGACAGUAAUCGAAUGUGAGAAGCCCAACAAUGAUCUGAACAGGUUCCGGGGUUACAUGAUACACCGAAGUGGAAGGAGAGACGGGCUUUGCAAGGAGAACCUGUUACUGCGAGGAUGCACGAUAAGAAACACGGAGGAAGCCGUAGGGAUCGUCAUUUAUGCAGGUCAUGAAACCAAAGCCAUGUUGAAUAACAACGGACCUCGUUACAAACGCAGCAAGCUGGAAAGACAGAUGAAUGUACAUGUGUUUUGGUGUGUCAUCAUACUUUUGGUCAUGUGCCUCUUUGCUGCCGUUGGGCACGGACUGUGGGUGUGGCAGUAUGGAGAGCACCGACCUGUUUUUGAUGUUCCGAGCCCAGAAGGACCUGCCCUAUCACCAGCGUUAUCUGCAGUAUACCUCUUCUUAACUAUGAUCAUCAUCUUUCAGGUAUUGAUUCCCAUCUCUCUCUACGUCUCCAUUGAAAUUGUAAAAAUCUGCCAAGUGUACUUUAUUCAUCAAGACUUGGAUCUGUAUGACGAGGAGACAGACUCCCACCUGCAGUGCCGGGCGCUGAACAUCACCGAGGAUCUGGGACAAAUGCAGUACAUCUUCUCUGACAAGACCGGCACCCUCACAGAGAACAAGAUGGUCUUCCGAAGGUGCACCGUGAUGGGAGAGGAGUACUCCCACGAUGCAAAUGCGAGAAGGAUAGCCACAUACCAAGAGGCUGACUCUGAAGAGGAGGAGUGUACCUCCAAAGUGGGGACCCUGCCCAGACGGGACAGCGUGACGAGCCAUCACAGUGUCAAAGGCAUGCAUCGCUCACAGAGCACCAAGUCCCACCGGAGGACAGGCAGCAGAGCUGAGGCAAAGAGGGCCAGCAUCCUCUCCAAGCACACUGCGUUCAGCAGCCCAAUGGAGAAAGACAUCACCCCUGACCCAAAAUUGUUUGACAAGGUUAAUGAAUGUUCCAGCCAGUUAUACUUGAUGAGAAGCCAGGGGCAGCCUAUGAACCACCUCGCCUCUGAACUGUCUGACAUUAUCGAUUUCUUCAUCGCCUUAACAAUUUGCAAUACAGUCGUGGUCUCUUCACCGAAUCAGCCAAGACACAAGGUCCGUGUCAGGUUGGAGCUGAAGUCUCCGGUGAAGACCAUCGAAGACUUUAUCCGCCGCUUCACUCCCAGCCGCUUGACUGGGUCGAACAGCAGCAGUUCCUCCAGUCUGGUAACCAACAGAUCGACGCACAAGACGUGCUCCAGCCUCCUCUCUUCUCCCUCCGCAGAGAGCACUCUGAUGGGACUGGAGGAGGAGCUGGGCCCGGCGCCCCGAAGUCAGGCCGGUCCGGCCAGCCCUCCGGGGGGAGACGGGGAGCUGCGCUACGAGGCAGAGUCCCCGGACGAAGCAGCUCUCGUCUAUGCAGCCAGAGCCUACAACUGCGCGCUGGUGGGGAGGCUGCCUGAGCAGGUGACUGUGGAGCUGCCACACCUGGGCGAGCUGACCUUUGAACUCCUGCACACCCUGGGCUUCGACGCGACCAGGAAGAGGAUGUCGGUGGUGGUGAGGCACCCGCUGACCGGCGAGAUCGUCGUUUACACCAAAGGAGCCGAUUCCGCUCUCAUGGAUCUCACCAGGCCCAGCUCCACAGAUGAGAACAGUGGCAAACACCAAAGAAAGAUUCUGAAUAAAACCCAGAAUUACCUAAACCUCUAUGCUGCUGACGGCCUUCGGACUCUCUGUAUUGCCAAAAGGGUAUUAAAUAAAGAAGAAUAUGCAUGUUGGUUAAAAAGUCAUCUGGAAGCAGAAAUACAUUUUCAUCAAAACCUUUUGUCUGAGUCGGCUCUGCGAUUGGAGAAGAAUCUGCAUCUUUUAGGUGCCACUGGUAUUGAAGACCGCCUGCAGGACGGUGUUCCUGAAGCCAUUGCUGCUCUCCGCAAGGCUGGGUUACAGGUCUGGGUUCUCACGGGGGACAAACAAGAAACCGCAAUCAACAUUGCCUACUCCUGCAAACUGCUGGACCACGAGGAAGAGAUCAUCACUCUGAACGCUGAAACACCAGAAGCCUGUGCUGUUCUUCUGGAUGAGAGUAUACACUACAUUCAAUCCAAGUUUGUCAAUAACACUCUCAACCCUGCUGCUGGAGACUUUGAGGUUGACUUCACCCCGUUCCAAAUCCCUUCCUCCUCCUCCUCGGUUCUCCGCCUGGGUCUGGUUAUUGAUGGCAGAACCUUGGCAUACGCUCUGGAUAAACGGCUGGAAGACAAAUUCCUUGCUGUGGCCAGAAGCUGCAGAUCAGUGCUGUGCUGUCGAUCCACUCCUUUACAGAAAAGCAUGGUGGUGAAACUGGUUCGGAACAAGCUCAAAGUAAUGACCUUGGCAAUAGGUGAUGGAGCUAAUGAUGUCAGCAUGAUCCAGGUCGCUGAUGUGGGAGUGGGAAUCUCUGGACAGGAAGGCAUGCAGGCUGUCAUGGCCAGUGACUUUGCAGUCCCACGGUUCCAGUAUUUGGAGAAACUCCUCCUGGUUCAUGGACACUGGUGCUACUCUCGACUUGCCAAUAUGAUCCUCUAUUUUUUCUACAAAAAUGCAAUGUUCGUAGCCAUUCUCUUCUGGUUCCAGUUUUACUGUGGGUUCUCGGGAUCGGCCAUGAUGGAUCAGUGGUACCUUAUUUUCUUUAACCUGAUGUUCUCUUCCUUUCCUCAACUUGUUACCGGGAUCCUGGACAAGGACGUCUCCUCGGAGACUCUGUUAGCUCUGCCUGAGCUCUACAGAAACGGGCACGACUCUGAGGAAUAUAAGCCACACAUGUUCUGGAUGAAUAUGAUAGAUGCCUUCUACCAAAGCCUCGUCUGCUUUUUCAUUCCUUAUUUUGCCUAUGCUGACUCCGAUGUGGAUUUGUUUACUUGGGGAACUCCGGUCACCACCUUGGCUCUUUUCACUAUCCUGAUGCAUUUAGGCAUUGAAACAAAGACAUGGACCUGGCUCAACUGGGCCUCCAUUGUGUUCAGCCUCGCCCUGUUCUUCACUGUAGCGCUGUGCUACAACGCUUCCUGCCCUACAUGUUACCCUCCAUCCAAUCCCUACUGGACCAUGCAGAGGCUCAUGGGAGACCCCAUGUUCUACCUGCUUUGUGCUCUCACCCCCAUCGUUGCUCUGCUUCCCAGAUACUUACAGCGAGUGUUUCAGGGAACGCUGCUCCCUACCCCGGUCCAACAAGGACGGCAGCUGGAUGAACUUCCAUCGGAUAAACGAAGCAAAAUUCUUCGUCAACGAAGUACAACAGUAGAAUCGCCGUUUGGUCCCGGACCCUCUUUCCACUUGUUUCCAGGGCCUUUCCCAAUGGAUUACAGAGCAGCUGAAUCCCACUCCCGCCAGCUCCGUGAAGCCUCCAGAGACUUCGACCAGCCAGGGAACGGCUCAGCCGCUCAAGCAGAUAGACGGGACAGAGAGAGAGGGGCAAGCCCGAGCAGAAGUGACCCUUCUGGAGAUGCACAGGAUGAGGAUCCGUUUUCAAAACCAAAGAGCCAUCGGGCUUCAGAUGCCAACACGCUGCCUUAUUCAGAAGCUCCGCAGGCUGCUGUAGACUCUGAGUCCUCCUUCUGUGAAGACGGCUUCAGACUGGACCCCAUCGGGGACUUCGAUUUACUGAACUGGAUAACAUCCGCUGCAUUGUUUAAUCAGCCUGGGAGUGCAGUGCAGGCAGAGUCCUCGCAAAGCAUGUUGCAAACUGCUGAGAAGAAGGGUGGCAGCCCUUUAGCCACCAGCACACGCCCACACUGGGAUCUGCAGGUUAUACAAAAGCAGCAGCUUGUGACCCCGGUCAGCAGUGAAGUGAAGGCAGCUGUUCCAGACCGUUUAAAAGAGGGAGCUCUCCAAACAACAUUGUUAUGAGAUAGUGUUUUAUUACAGACUAUUUAUAUGAUUCAAUUUGCACAGCAGUUGUACAAUACUAUUCCAUCAUCAACAUUUCCAGAGUAUGUUUUAUGUCCUGUAAGUUGCUACAAUCUGUAGUUCUAGUAUUUAAUUUUUUUUUAGGUUUACAAUCUAAAAAGCUUUCCAGUUUCUCUUGUUUUUGAGAGCAUAAGAUUGAGGUAUGUGUUGUUUUAAUGUCAUCGGAAAGUUUACAAGAAGUUUUCAUCUCAUGACCAAACACAAACAUAUUAAUCAGCACAUCAGAUAUUACAAAAGUUACACCAAAUAUUGUUUCUGCGCUUCAAAAUGAUCAGAACUAAAAAAAAUACCUCUUAAGUACUGUUUUUAUGGAUCACUGUAGAGAGAGGAAAUGUGUUACUGGGUAUUUUAAUAAGAGCACUUGCUCAAAGUCAUUGCAAUUUGCGCUUGAUAUUAAGUACAAAAAGGGUUAAAGGAUCUCAGAAUUAAACUUCUUGAAGGACAGUUGGAAGUAUAUUCACAACUGAGACAUGAGAUACAGUUGGAUGCACACAGAAGUGUAAUAGUUAUGAAGCAAUGUGCAGGGCUCGGUCAUUAUAUUUGCAGCGUUUGUGUUCGAUGCAGCUGCCAUUAUAAUCGUGGUUCUUGGUUGAUACCUGUUAUGUGUCUCUUCAGCCCUCCUCUUCCCCGCUGUACAUAGAUCAGUCAGUAGUUGUCUUCUGGGUAUUUCCCAUUUCUUAACGCAGCUUCUCUGGUUCAGCCUGAGAUUGAAAUGCACAAGCAUGCCUCUUUCAAACUCUGAAUCGUUGCUUCUGCCCAUUGUAUACGAAUAAUAAGUAUCAGCUAAAAUAUGACAUGUCACGUGAUUCAGGCCUAAAAUAUGACAUGUCACGUGAUUCAGCUCCUAUAAUAUGACAUGUCACGUGAUUCAGAUCUUACAAUGUCACGUGAUUCAGCUCCUAUCAUAUGACAUGUCACGUGAUUCAGAUCCUACAAUAUGAUGUCACGUGAUUCAGAUCCUAUAAUAUGACAUGUCACGUGAUUCAGAUCCUACAAUAUGACAUGUCACGUGAUUCAGCUCCUAUCAUAUGACAUGUCACGUGAUUCAGAUCCUACAAUAUGACGUCACGUGAUUCAGCUCCUAUCAUAUGACAUGUCACGUGAUUCAGCUCCUAUCAUAUGACAUGUCACGUGAUUCAGAUCCUACAAUAUGACGUCACGUGAUUCAGCUCCUAUCAUAUGACAUGUCACGUGAUUCAGAUCCUAUAAUAUGACAUGUCACGUGAUUCAGCUCCUUUGCAUUGCCUCUCAAUGCACACACUUCAUUCCAGGGUUACAUGUCGUAUGAUUCCUAGUUUUCAAGCGUAUUAAUCAGUGUACCUAUAAAAGUCUAAAGCAUCGGAAUUGCCUUUUUCCUGGUAAAUCAAGCUAGUCAUGUAUGACCAAACCUGAUAGUUUAUAUAAUAAUUAUAUAAUUAUAAGAACCCCUCUUUGAAGUUACUCCAGUGUUUGCUGCAUUCAUUGCUCUGUUCAAACUGUACAUGCAUUUGCUGUAGUUCUACCAGCUUCUAUUUUCUAGUAGUGCUGUUACUGCGUAUAGUCCUGCAAAUGGCAGGAAGUGCAAGCCAAGAACUACAGCCAGAAGAUGAGUUUUAAAUAUAAAUCCCUUAAUGAGAAUUAUUAUUGUAUGCAACAGGGUUGUUUUUAUGUUUGCCUGACACUCCAGGCAUGCGGUAUAGCCGAUUCCCAUGACCUGAUUUCUACUUGAGAGUGUCAUUCUGGUUAUGAGAUGGAACAGAUAUAGCAACUACACCGUGGGCUAGUCUUCAAAACAAAUAUAUAAGUAAACAGUCUGUUGCUGAGUAAGCUAUGUGUAGUCAUGCAGAUUGUAUCAAAGGCAUUUUAAUGUCUGUGCCAUACCCUUCGAGAGCGCUUCUGCUUCACACAGAGGAGGUCACAUCUCCAAGCUGAUUGUCUCUAUUUUAAUGUCUGUGCCAUACCCUUCGAGAGCGCUUCUGCUUCACACAGAGGAGGUCACAUCUCCAAGCUGAUUGUCUCUAUUUUAAUGUCUGUGCCAUACCCUUCGAGUGUGCUUCUGCUUCACACAGAGGUCACAUCUCCAAGGUGAUCAUCUCUAUUUUAAUGUCUGUGCCAUACCCUUCAAGAGCGCUUCUGCUUCACACAGAGGAGGUCACAUCUCCAAGCUGAUUGUCUCUAUUUUAAUGUCUGUGCCAUACCCUUCGAGAGCGCUUCUGCUUCACACAGAGGAGGUCACAUCUCCAAGCUGAUUGUCUCUAUUUUAAUGUCUGUGCCAUACCCUUCGAGUGUGCUUCUGCUUCACACAGAGGUCACAUCUCCAAGCUGAUUGUCUCUAUUUUAAUGUCUGUGCCAUACCCUUCGAGUGUGCUUCUGCUUCACACAGAGGAGGUCACAUCUCCAAGGUGAUCGUCUCUAUUUUAAUGUCUGUGCCAUACCCUUCUUGAGCGCUUCUGCUUCACACAAAGGAGGUCACAUCUCCAAGCUGAUUGUCUCUAUUUUAAUGUCUGUGCCAUACCCUUCGAGUGUGCUUCUGCUUCACACACAGAGGUCACAUCUCCAAGGUGAUCGUCUCUAUUUUAAUGUCUGUGCCAUACCCUUCGAGAGCGCUUCUGCUUCACACAGAGGAGGUCACAUCUCCAAGCUGAUUGUCUGUAUUUUAAUGUCUGUGCCAUACCCUUCGAGUGUGCUUCUGCUUCACACAGAGGAGGUCACAUCUCCAAGCUGAUUGUCUCUAUUUUAAUGUCUGUGCCAUACCCUUCGAGUGUGCUUCUGCUUCACACAGAGGUCACAUCUCCACAGUGACCUCUAUAGAAAUGCAUCACUGAAUGCAGUCGACAUCCCUCCUGUGUUUGAGCCUCGGCAUCCCCAGCACAGCUUUACAUUUAUACUGUGGCUCAAACACACACGAGCCUGGCACUGUGUGCUCUUUUUAAACUGUCUGCAUUGUGCAGGAUGGAUAACAGCAGUGUUCAAGUAGGUUAAUAAAGAAAAUAAUUCACGCAAAAAACGAUAUAUUUACAUACAACAGAGCAAAUAGACUCACUAAAUUAAUUGAGUGGAUAUAGACCUUAGUUUGAAUGUUUAUGGAAUCAUAAACAUAACUUCAUACCCCAGUACACCGUGCGAUACUCUGAUCCGCAUUCUACUUCAUACCCUUGUACACUGUGCCAUACUCUGAUCAGCAUUCUACUUCAUACCCCAGUACACUGUGCCAUACUCUGAUCAGCAUUCUACUUCAUACCCCAGUACACUGUGCCAUACUCUGAUCAGCAUUCUACUUCAUACCCCACUACACUGUGCCAUACUCUGAUCAGCAUUCUACUUCAUACCCCAGUACACUGUGCCAUACUGUGAUCAGCAUUCUACUUCAUACCCCAGUACACUGUGCCAUACUGUGAUCAGCAUUCUACUUCAUACCCCAGUACACUGUGCCAUACUCUGAUCAGCAUUCUACUUCAUACCCCAGUACACUGUGCCAUACUCUGAUCAGCAUUCUACUUCAUACCCCAGUACACUGUGCCAUACUCUGAUCAGCAUUCUACUUCAUACCCCAGUACACUGUGCCAUACUCUGAUCAGCAUUCUACUUCAUACCCCAGUACACUGUGCCAUACUCUGAUCAGCAUUCUACUUCAUACCCCACUACACUGUGCCAUACUCUGAUCAGCAUUCUACUUCAUACCCCAGUACACUGUGCCAUACUCUGAUCAGCAUUCUACUUCAUACCCCAGUACACUGUGCCAUACUCUGAUCAGCAUUCUACUUCAUACCCCAGUACACUGUGCCAUACUCUGAUCAGCAUUCUACUUCAUACCCCAGUACACUGUGCCAUACUCUGAUCAGCAUUCUACUUCAUACCCCA